AGUGUCCAGAAUUUUUAAUUGAAAUCAACGCGACGGUGCCCAAUUAGGCCGCUGGAACGGGUGCAUAUGGACCAGGUGCCAGAUAGGCAUUGUUAGAUUUUGAAUCUGACCAUCACGGAACUAACCGGAAGUGAAAAUUGACCAGCGAUUCAGUAAGUGGGAAAGUUUUCGAGAUUUUGCUGACGAGAGAAGGAAUUUUUUUGGCGAGUGAGCAAUCGACUCCUGCACCAGCCAAAGGAGUGAACGAGAGAGAAGAAGCGAAUGACUUUGUUCGAAAGGGUACGCGCAACGGAGAGGGCCUUGAGAAGUGCGGACGUUUUUUUUCUGCCAGUGAAAAUAGUCAAGAUUAAAAAUCGGCACACAAACAUUCGACAGUUCAAGUGAGUGGAAUAAUUGAAUCGUUGAUUUUUCUACGGUGUAGGUGAUUUUGCUCUGUAGGACGCAGCAAAUUUGUGCAUCAGUAUAAUUUUUUUUUGUCUAUCGGAACCGCUCGAUAGAAGGAGUAGACGACAGACGGGAGGUUGGAACAGUUUUCGGACGAAGUGAAGAACGAUUCCGCUUGUGGUUGUGUGGGUUGCAAAACGACGAACAGUGAAAGGAUUUUUGUUUUGGACUUGAAACAUUCCAAAAUAAAGGAAAAAUCAACCGCAAUUUGUUUUCGCAAAGCUUGCCGAAAAUCCAAAAGGAAAACAAAGGAUUUCCCUUUUCCACCAAAAGAUUGAACUUUCCUGGCAGUUUAGAUGUACCUACCGUCACAUUCCGUGUAGAGGAGAGGACUACCGACAAACGAGAAAAACAGAAAAAAAACUACCUAUCUAACAGAAAAUACGUCAUCAGUUCAUCAUCGUUAGCCACCAUAGCAAAACAAGCGAGUAAACACUUUCCUACGACGACAGGUGGCGCGCGUGCGAUCAAUCCAUCCGAAGGACUUCGAUCGUAGUUAUUUUUCGUGUCUUUCGUUCCGCGGGUCGAAAUAUCAUCCGGAAGCUACAACAUUGUCGACAGUGUCGCGCAACACGAGCUUCCUAAAGCUGUCCGGUCAGGUCGGGAGCGAAAAGUUAGUGAAAAGCACCAUCUUUCACACAGUGGCUUGUUAAGAAAUAGUGGUGUUGUAUUGUGCCACUUUGCAGUAGUCGCAUUAGGCGGCGCAGGCAAGCCACCAGGACCUCAAAUGCCGCCGUGACCGUGAAUUAUACAAGCCAGCAAUAUAGUUGAUUAUAGUAAAAAGACAUCCCAAGGUGGUGCAUGGUGGAAGUGUAAAGAAGAGAUAGAAAACGAAGCGAAUUCAAUUUGAACUAAAGGUGUAGCUGUGCUAUAGCAAGAAAAAAAAUGUUGCAAAAGUAGAAAGUAUUCGCUGCGUUUGAUUUAGAUGAAAAUGAAAUCCUACCUGUUAGGUAAUAUCAAAUACAAAAUAUUUGGGCCGCCAUCAUUUGUGCUCAAUUCCCUUCGCUAAGUGGUUAGUGGUAAUUAGAUGUAGCAUUAAGUUCCAUGUAUUUAGACUGACGGAAGAUUAUUUUCUCCAAUAGUGCUUUAAGUAGUAGUGAAAAUUAAAGGCAAAUAGUCGUAAAAGGUGUUUUUCAAGAAGAAAUUUUAGUGGGAAGAAGAUAAAAGUGAAUAUUCAAGAUUUACUGCAAUUGAUUUGCACGAUACGUGACUAAUGUCUUGAAUGGGCUCUCGUUUUUUCCGUGUCUAUCGGUAUGCACACAAAUAUACGUUGGUGGUAAGUGGCGACAGCGAGGUGCCUAUUGCUAUGUGUUUGUGCGCCCAUGCAUCGUGAGGAAGAAACCGACCCCAGCGGCACACAGAGAACCGAAUCGUCACACACAUUAUUAUUGAAGCGACAAGGAAAAAGCAACAGCGGAGAAUAAUACGUACUAACUGCACCCUCCCGUCAAGAUGCGAACAGAUGCAGCCGUCUACUUCAUUAUACCGGCCCAGCAUCCAGUGACAGCAACCUCAGCAACAACGUCCAUCGCUCGUUCACUACGGUCGUGGUUUGCGGCAAUGCCACGGUGGCAGCACAACUGCAUCCGCCUGCCGCAGUUGUAAUAACGGUAGUCGGAGAUUGUGCAUCGAUUUCGUUUCCCUUUUGUUUCGUAUUCCUGUGCUUCAGGAAACUAGAGCAGAUUUUACUCCCCUUCCGUAACUUCCUGACUUCGUCAACCCUAGAAAACCCUACCCACAGGUCCAUUUACGGAUGCUACACGCGAAAUGCGGAAUAGUAGUUGAAGUGAACGAAAGAAAAUAGAAACCCAAGAAGAAUCAAUCCUGCUCUGCUAAACGUAGUUGAAGUUUGAGUACAUUACGGGGUGUACACGCGCAAGGGGGCAGCAUCAGCAAUAGCAUCGCAAUAGGAUCAGAAAAAAAGAGCUAAUCCCUCGUCAGCGUGAAAGCUGGGAAAAAUUUCUCAACUCUUGUUAAGCUGCAAAACAAACAAUCGAACUCUUCUUGUGGGUUGCUGCCGCUCCGAAGUGAAGCGCGCAGAAAGUAGUAUGAUAAUCAAGAACGGAAAGACUCGCUUUCCGUUGUAAUAUAUAGUGCAGGAUGAGCAAUGAAAAGCAGUAGGAACCUGUACCCGUUCAAUUCAGCUGUAGCAGGUGGUACAACGUUUACGGCUGCAUCUAGUUCUGCCUCAGGAACAGGAGGAGCCGGAAUCAGUUUGUCAGGACCGUCGAUUGGAUCGUCUUCAUCGUUGUUUUUGUCAUCGUCGUCAUCCUUGUCUUCUGCUUCUUUGCAGUCGACGGGAGGCGGGCGAGUUGAUUUGGAUAUGAAAAAAACGCAGAAACCAAGGCACGAUGAGCAGGAUAGCAGGAUGGAGCGCAGAGAACGCGACAAGCAGGCACGAGCUGCAGUGCUACAGGCCGAACGUGACGCGGAACCAGCAGCACCAAUAUUUGCCGCUCCGGUUAAAGUGCUCAGUCCCUCGGAUAUGGACAUGCGGAUCCAGUCGAAGCUGGGCAACUACGAUCAGGCGCGGCCGCAUUUUCUUUACGACUCAACGGCACAUCACCUGAUCGGCAUCGCCACGAGUCCGGCCGCGUUCACGCCGCGCUCGAAUGCACCGACGUCGCAACUGUCGAACAGCCUCACCAGCACGUCGUCCCUGUCGACGCUAGGAGGGGGCACGGCUUCAAGCUCGUCGGUGUCCUCGCUCUACAACCGAACGCUUCUGCCAAAAACCAAUAGUAGCAAUAGUAGUAUCAGCAACAGUAAUAACACUAGUAGCAAUAGCAAUAGUGGCACCGGUGGCGGUUUCGUCAAGCCCACGGACAACCGACCGGUCUUCAAUGGACGUUCCUCAUCGGCUGGUGGUCGCCAUUAUGGCCAAGCGUCUUCCGGAACCGGGGCGGGAGUAUUUCCUAAGCUUGAGGCGCACUCGAAAGGAUUGUCUUCGAUGCCCCCAUCGUUGAUGAACGGUCGCACUACGGUCGGUUCCGGUUCCAUUGGUGAUAAGUUACACUCGCAAAUACCGAACGGACGUUUUCCUCAGGUUUCAAACACCAAAAUGCCUUCUAGAGUAAGCCCCAGUGAUAGACUGAUGCCGAAGCAAACACCCGGUAGCAUAGAGAAGAUACUGAGCGAGAUCAAAACUUUCAACGUAGGUACGCCGUUAACGGAAAUUGGGGCGACACCGCGCAAAGAAUUGGAGAGCAAGUUUAGCUUUAACAAUCCCAACAUGCCACACCACAAAUACGCACCGCAACCCGUGCUAAUGAAGCCUCCUUCCUUCAAGACGCCAAUGGACACGCUACCCGCAAUGUUCAAACCAAUUGGUGCUCGCGAAGAUGACCCAAAUGGAUCGGAUAGUGACGACGGUGCCUACAAGAAGAAACGCAAUUCUAGUGAUACUUCCUCCAACGAGAGUGGGGAUGAGUCAUCCAGUGAGGACUCGAACACUGGCAAUAAAGCCAACAGUGCCGCUGGUUUGCCAGGCAGCGUCAGUCAGACGAGUGGUCCGGGAAAUGUGCCUGUCAGUGGGACCGGUGUCACCGGAAGUGCAAGCAGUCCCCAACGAUCGACGAUUGAUUGGUCGUUGAUGAACUUUCUUCCAUCACAGGUGCCAAAUGAAACCAACAUCGGCUCGCAGGUGGCUGGUUCUAAUAAUUCUGGUUCGAAUCAGAACUUAAUGCUGAAUGAAAAUUCCAAUUCGCCACUAAUGCCAGGAUCUUCACCGACCGCUAUAAAAAACGAGCCUCCACCAAUAGAGGAUGAUCAUUUAUCCAAUGGCAGUAGUAUUCCGGAGGGAGUUUUUGUGAAGCAAGAACCUUUUCCUAGCGAAAACAGCACGUCUUCGCUCAGCGCCAGUGGGAUUCCCACGGCGACACCUAUCUCAGCCAUUCCUGGUCUCAGUGGUGUCUCCGGCGGAAGUAUUCUGCAAGAUUUCAAUAAGUUACGUGAUAUAAAAGACGACAUGGAUAUGUCAAGUCCCGCCAAAAGUCCAGAGAAAAAUUCUGAAAAAGAUUCUAAUGAUCAAGUGGAUAGCAUAGAAUCGGAUGAAGUGAGUAGUGCACUUCGAAAGGUCAAAGAGCUUCAAAAUAUACAACCCUUGUCCGGGAUAUCCGAUAUUGAAGACAAUAAUGUAGAACCGAAGGCCACGGCGUUAGUGAAUACCGUGAUGACCAAUGCUGCUCCCAAGGUAACGCAUAAAGUAAAACGGAUACGAAAGGUUACUAAAUCUUUCAAGGAGCGAGAACGGGAUGGGUCGAGUAGUAGUGACGAUGACGGAUUUUCGAGCUCACGAAGAAGUCGUUCGCAGUCUUUCGAAAAAGAGAAAAAAGCAAAACGAGGCAGGCCAAAAAAGAACUCGACAGCGAUUACAGCUGGUUCUUCUGUUGUUGGUUCUUCGAGUGCUAGACAAUCCGAUGCAGACUCGGUGGCCAGUAGCAACAGUAAACGGCGAUUAUCGAUGUCAUCCACUAAGACCGUAGCUUCAACGCCCAGUAAAAAGGAUGCUUCUAGCACACCGGUUAAGGAGACUGCCUCUCGGAGGCGACCUUCCAGGGCUAAUCGCAAAAUUACUAGUCGCGAAGUACUCUCUACUACGGAUGAUUCCGAUUCAGAACCGGCUAGAGACAGUAACGUAGGAAACAGCGAGCUGGAGGACAAAAUAAAGAGUCCAGAGAAAUCGAAAUGUUUUGAUGGUAGCCCCAUGAAAGGUGUUGGUAACAUGUUGCUACCUCCAAAACCGAUAGGAACUGACCCGCUAUCAUCCGACAGUAACGAUGACUUAUCUUCGCCGCGAAGGACGCCGCUUAUGUCACCACCUUUUAUGCCGAUUUCGGGCAACAGUCAACCGUCGUCUGUUUCGAAAGUGAUGCCAAGAAAAACAUCCACCUCUACAUCCGCCUCAAUAGAUGACGAUGAUGAUGACGACGACGAUGAUGAUCUGGGACGGUCGGUAAGCGAUUCGGGGAGUGCUAGCGACGGGGGAGUGCGACGAGAAAAGAAAAUCAACAAAAUCAAAAGUGACAAAAACAAAAAGGACACUUUGAGGAAACUCUUUUCUAAAGAAGGAGGCGCCAAGGGUGGCAAGGGUAAAGGCCAGGUAGUGAUCGAAGAGGUACACACCUCAAAAGCAUCUUCGAUUCAAACCACCAUUAGAACGACUCCCAACUCAAAGUUGCACCAUGUUCCCGUGCCUCCGCCAGAUCACUCGCGUGUUAACACUCCGCCAAUAGGUGCUACUGCAGUAACAGCUGCCACCGACAGCCGGCGUAGCAACACACCAUCGUCAGCGCCAUCCGUCAUGGAAAAAGUGCUUUUAUCACCCGCCAGAACUGCCUUACUUAAUAUCUCCCUCAUCUGCCGUAUCGAUUUGAGUCGGCUGCUCAAGAUACCACCGCCGCCGUCAGCCAAGCAACAGCUUGCCAAAGCGAAUGAAAGCUACAGUGCCCAGCGCAGUGCCUCCGCUCGAAACAAGAGCAAAAGCCCUUACGAGAAGAAGAAACGUCGCAAUUCAAUUGCCGUUAACUACUUUGAUACGGGCGUCCAGCGUCCUGUGAAUAUCGAUGACAAACCCUCCUCAGCUACCAACGGUAAACUGCCUGAGGGCGUCGAUCAUAAGCUCCCGGCUAGCGAUUCGGUUCUGCUGCUGGAAAAUGGUCGCCAUCGGAGCAACAGUAAUGCCAGUGAGCAUCAAUCACGUGAGCGCUCGCGAGAAUACCACAGAGAUAGGGCGUCUCCAUCAUUACCAGUCCACCAUCUCAACAAUAUCGUUUCGCUUUCUUCUGGAUGUAGUGGUCCCACGCAAAAACCAAUUCCCGCAGCCAAACAACAUUUAACAUACGAUGAAAAGUUACCGACGAAAAGCGAAAAACUGCAGUACGGAAGCAAUGCCGUUACAUAUCCCAUUAAGGAGGAUAAAUCAGCAAUACUCUUCAACUCUGCUAGUUCCAGCGCAGGCGCCAAUACCAAACCGUUUAACAUUAAGCAACUGAUUAAGCAGGAAUAUCCCGAGGUGGGCGAGGACAGCAAGCAGUCUACCAAUAACACUCUGGCCAAGCUAGGUAUGGCUGCACAGCAAACGACACAGUCGCAACCGAUGCCGGCAGCGCCAGUGGAAGGCGGCAGCCGCCGGAAACGCACAUCCAGUUCCAGCAGUAACUCCUAUAAGAAUAAACGACGAAAAACGCGCAAUGUGAAUGCGCAGACUGAAAUUCUUGACCAAAUGCCCCCCACCAAUCACGAUCGGUUAGAAGCGGACUCCGUGCCUUCUAUCGCUGCUCCCGUUGCAGGCGUAGUAAACACUCACGUUAAGUUAGUGUCAGCUCCGUCUGUGGUGGUGCCCGUCGAGCCGGUUAGCCAAGAUGUUGCGGCACCUGGCGUGACCAACACAAGUGUACCGGCCGUCAAAAUGAUGUACGUUUCAUACUUCGAACGUUCGAAUGAGGAUGAGCUUGAAGUUCGGGACCAAAACCGAUUCUUGUCGGAAGCGAAACGCUUGAAGCACGCGGCCGACCGAGAGGGCGAUCACUUGGCACAAGCGAUGCUCUACCUGGAGGCGGUGUUGUUCUUUUUGCUUACUGGUGACACCAUGGAGCGCGACCCGAUCACCGAGAAAGCUGCAUUCACCAUGUACAAAGAUACGCUUAGUUUGAUCAAAUACAUUUCAUCGAAAUUUCGUAGCCAACAGCAGCAUCUUACGGUACAGGGAAGCAUCCACAGCAAAGUGGCGAUCCUAAGUUUGCGGUGCCAAUCUCUGAUCUACCUUAAGCUUUAUAAAAUGCGGCGUCACGAUAUAAAGGAGGUGCAGAGAGUUAUCGCCGAGUACAAUCAGAAGCCUAACACGACAGUAUCGGCAGAUAUGGUAAACGGCAAUACUCCGUCGCCCUUGUCACCAACAUCCGUGGGCUCGCAGAGUUCUGGCUACUGUUCUGGUCAAACCGGUCAAACUAACCCAAUCCAGUGUUCGUCGAUCAGUUCGUCCCCGUCGCCGUGCAUGGUAAUGCCGGUCCACGUGCAUAUGGCAUUCCAAAAGCAAGCUACUCUCUUCAACCAUCUGCUCAACUGUCAGGAUUUGUGGGAGCAGGCGGACAAUUUAGUAAUACGGGGGAACCACACAGAUUUCUUCAUUGAACUGGAUCACGAGAACGGUCCGAUGACACUGCACAGCUCGUUGUACAAUGUAGUCAAAUACGUUCAAGCAGGAAUCCAAAAGUUGCGACGGAUGUAGAAGAAAGUGAAACCAAAUCAAAGCAAAACAUAAACGGGUCCAAUCCUAUUAUCCUAGUGAAAACAUACACAUCAAUAUUGACAAAAAAAAAAACAAAGACAAAACAAGGAAAGUCUGAUCGGAUCUGUAAAGGAGAAACUCUAGCCCAAUCAAUAGACCAUAAACAGGAAUUCUAUGCUCCGCAUAACCAAAAGGACUGAGAUCGAUGGCACCGAUGAGACGCAACGUCGGCGAGAGGAGAUACGGCGACAAGAACCAAGUUCCUGUGCUGCGUGCGCCGUAUCGUCAGUAACUGACAAUAAUCAUUGGUUCACGUUUCAUUUGCUACGUACGGCGCAAAUACGGAUGUGGAAACGCAAUAUGCCAAAGGUGUUGGAAACAGACCGACCGGGAAGAGAUGCUACGGAGAGAGAGGGCAACAGCUGUGAUUUUGUAUAUGAAUAGUGUUUUCAAGGAAGGAUAUCGACGACAGUCAGCGAUUGUUUAGGACAAAUAUUAAGGAUUUAGUAAGCUCGGUUAGGCAAUAGCUGGGCAUAGAUGGUUUCGGUAACAGCUGAAAUGGCUGCGCCAUUUCGAACCGAUUGAUAAAGUCGAAGGGGUACUUUAAUUUUUUUUAUUCUGUUGAGUUUUCUGUGCCUUGCAGCUGUGUUGUGCAUAAGAGGUUAGGCACGAACAAAUGGACUUAUGAACUAUAUUGAACUCAUUAUAUAUUUCCGUUAUUAGUUAACUUUUGUUUUGGAUUUUAAAUUCUUACUGUGCGUUAAGAAUAUUAUUAAUGAGACUAUAAUAUAACGUAUUCAAGCGUUUUUCGUUUAAAAAUUUAAUGCAUGGCAAGAAUCACACUUACUGGGGAAUAGUUGCAAUAUGUCAACGAAAGACACCAUAUAAAACGGUUUGUGUUAAAAUAGUCUCUCAAUAGUUAGACAAUUCAAUCAAUCGAUGUGCAACUGUUAAUCCUUAGAGCAAUGGCAACUUUAUUGCCACCAUAUAUUUAUGUUUUUCCGUAUCAUUAACAGAAAUUAUUCAAUUUUCGUUUCAUGUGGUACUAGUUCUGAUAUUUAGUAGCACUUCUGAUUUAUUAGAGGGUGGAAGAGUGGAAAUAUGAUACAAAUCACUCUUACACUUGCUUGCAAACCAAGCGCCAUUUUCUUGCGUCAUUUUGAUUAUUUGCUUCUUUAAAGGAAUUGGGGGCAUAAGAAGUCGAUUUUCCCAGAGAAAACCAUUUAACUGGUUAAAGUAAAAAUUUGCACAUAUUACAGUAAGGCCAUUGCAAAUAAUUUUGAAAGUUUUUGUCACCCCCUCCUUGGAAAUUGGCUUGAAAAAUCGGGGGGCAAAAAAAUAAUUUCUAGGAUAUGACUUAAUUUUUAUUCGUAAAAUCUAUUGUCUGUGGGUUCUUCAGCCUGAAAAACACGAAAAAUGAGUGUACGAGUUGAGUUAAUGCUUCUAGCACGAAACAGAAAUGGAAAUUCAAACAACAGAAUUUCCGAAAAUCGGCCGAAAAAUUUUUCCUUCGUUUUUGUUUUUUUCGUAGAUUUUUUGAAUGGAAAAUUAUAACAUAUAUAUUAAAAGCAAGAAUAGAUUUGGUUUUAAACUUUAAGUAAAAAUGCCUAAAAUCAAUAUUUUUUUGCGCAAUUCAAAAAAUCUCUUUGUUAUCUUUUCGCCCAAUCUUCAGUGGCCCAAUACCGGAAGGACAAAAACUUUCUAAAAUAUUUGUAAUGGAACUGUAUUUCAACAUGUUUCAUUUGUAAAACUAGUUACUGAAGUAGCUGCUACCGUUUAUAUAUCUGCUUCUAAAUGGGAUGCUUCUAAAAAGGCAACUUGCGGCGAGCACGAUAUCUAUGAUACUGAAUCAUGGUCAUCGGACAUCAAAAAAACCAAAAGAAUUUCGUUAAUAUAAUGUAUUAUCUUGUAAUUGACUGAAGCAAUAAGUGAAAUAAUAAUUUUUGAUUAAAUGGCAGCUUCUUAAACACAAAACAAUUAAUUUUUUUGUAAUUUUCUCUCUUAAGAUAUCGAAAAAAUUAAAAAUAUUGAUUGUUGAGUGUGUUCUUAAAAAGCUUGUGUUGAAAUUUGACGUGAAUCGAACCAUUGGACAAACAUUCUUGAAUCCCUUCGAAAAAAACAAAAAACCUGGUUAUUGAUGAAGAAUGACCGGUGAUGCAUGUGUUCAUAACAAAUUCUUAUAAAUAUUUUGGUUGAUAGUAAAAAUCUUUUACUGCGCUUACGUAAAUUUUAUUUUCUUGUUGAAAAUAAUAUUUGAAAAUUCAAAAAAGGUAUUUUUCACUGGUUGCACUAAUGCGUUUAAAAGACGGACACGGGAUAUAUUCUCUUGAACGGCAUAGUAAGUCGAACAUUGCAAAGACAAACAUUGGGGACAUCCUGCGAGGCAAGUGAUGUGAUACGGUAAAUUUCAAUUCGCCGUCACUCGUAUUUCGUUCGGUAUUAGUCGAUUCCAAUCGAACGACAUGAAUGUUUUCAUGUUGAUAACACGUACGCAAUUUAGAAAUAGUUACCCAUUUCUUCAAGGCCACUCACAGCUGCAACAACACAAACAAUUGUUUUUUUUUCAUAAACACUACCGCAGUGUACGACACUCUACCGCAGUCGGUUUGUUCGAUUUUUCGAAAUCGCCAACCUACACAUUCAUAAAAGUCUGUUUUAUUCUUUUAACUGUAAGAAUUAAAUUAUUACUAUAAAAUAGGCUAUGGACAUCGUAAGAUUUUAGGAAAAAUGUAACUAGAAACUCACAUCAAAGAUUAGUUAACAAAGCGUCCUGCGCACGGGACGGUACGAAGAUCUUAACUGUUGUAAAAUUCCUUUAUUUAAAUGCCUUUCAUUAUCUGUUAUUUUAAAUAGUAUAAGUAAUUAAAACUCAGCGCUGUACUUUGACAAGUUGUGUAGGCGGUGUUACUAAGCAGACAGGUUACCUACCAGCAGGAAUCGUCCAGUUUCGCCACUAAAGUUCACAAAAAAUAGCUCUAGUAAAUAUGUAGCAAAAGUGCUUGGUGAGUUAACUAAAGAACAACGACACACCUACAACAAUAGUUUUAAUUGUUACAUUGGUGUUGCCUACGUUUUUCGUUUAUUUUAUUUUCGUUUACCUAUUUAAACAAGAUGCUUUUUAACAUAACUUUUAGUUUAUCUGAAAUAUUUUGUUAUCCCAUAUACGUCGUUUUACUGUCUAGCAACAAGCAAAUGAAAAAGGUAACGGUUUCAUAUCGCUUAUCAUCCACAGGCCGAACGAGGGUUUCCUCUGUUGUUUUCUUCAACUUUUCUGUUCGGCCGUAUCCUUCUCGCGUAAUAAAAAGGGUAAUUAUAAUAUAUAAUCAAUGUUAGGGAAUUAGAACCACAGACAAAGAUUUAAAUCAAUCAAAUCAUCUUCUGAGGAAGUGAUUCAAACAAUCGGAACGGGAUUCAAACUUUAACAAUGGAAACAUCAAUACAAUACCAAGAAACUGGAAUGAAUGAAUAGGUUAUAAAAAAAGAAAACCAACAAAUAGGAAAAACAAAUACGCAACCAAGUACUAUUUUAGAUAUAUUAGGAGUCAGUUAAGUCAAUAUACAUAUGAUGAUGUGAUUUUUUCGUCGCAUCGAAACCAGAAACGAAGUCUAAACAAGUGGAACUAAACUACGAUUGACGCAGAAGGCAGCACAGCAGCAGAUACUAAAGCGUGUAUAAUUGACAUAGUUCUAAACUAUAUAGCGAAACCAAGCAAACAGCAACUAAUAAUCCUAAAAACAGAAUAAAAUGAACUGGAAGCUGAUAAUUACUAUAUUAUAUAUACACCGUAGAUUUUAGUAAUGAUGUAGAGGUACUCUCUUGAUAAGCAACUCAGUAUAAUAACUAAAACAGAACGCUAAUAACAGAAAAUUUCUAAGUGCGUUGUAUACAAAAAGCUCGUAACUCUAGUUUAGGUGCGCAACUUUGCGGUAUUUGGAGCAAAUCAAACACAGUGGUCUGUUCGAUUACUAGCACACUCGGUGAAACAGAAUCGAGUAGUAAUAACAUUGACUAGACUCUAAUGAAUGCUGCAAAUAUGUUGUAGGUGAUGCGUGAGUGAGAAAAAGAAAUAUUUGCAACCUUGGGCCGUUGCGAAGUUUAUACUAAAAAAAAAACGAAAUGCUUCAACACAACAAAAAUGACUAAACCUAUGCGAUGAAAAUGCAAUUUGAGUAGCGGGGAAAAAGGAAAUCAGAACAAUUUGUACAUAGGUAUAUAUACAUUAUUAUAUACUAUUAU